AUGUACCCGGUUCUUGAGGUGCCACCCAGCCUCCAUCGGCGGCGAUCUCAGCCGAUUCGAUUUGCUAUUCAGUGGCGACGUCCAUCAUCUCGAAAAACUUGUCCGCUCACCCUCCGACACAUGCGAAGUGAAACGUACACAUACCAAAUAGGCUCUUACGGAGGAGCUCCCAGCGGAGGUGGUUCUUAUGGAGGAGCCCCUAGCGGUGGUGGUUCCUACGGAGGCGCUCCUAGCGGUGGUGGUUCCUACGGAGGCGCUCCCAGUGGAGGAGGAUCUUACGGAGGAGCUCCCAGUGGUGGAGGAUAUCAAGGAGUACAAGGAGGAGGUCAACAAGUUGCUUACAACGGGCCGGUUGGAGGAGGUCCUACACAAUCAGGAGGUGCCUACUCUGACGUUGGACAAGGAGGUCAGGGUGGUCAGGCCGGAGGCUACGCACCAGCCCAAGUAGCACCAUCCGCACCCGAACAGCAAUUUGCACCUGCUCCGGCCGGUCCUGCACCAUCUGAAGGUCAGGUCGUCGACACCUCUGAAGGAGCUACCGAAGUCCAGACCGGUGGGUCAAAUUACCAAGCUCCAGCUCAAGUCCAGACUAACGAACCAGCACCGGAGCAACCUGCACCUCAACAACCCGAACCGGAGCAGCCCACACUGGUCCAACCAGCUCCAUCAGUUGAUCAGCCAGCAACCCAGGUCGAGGUACCGGCACCAGCACCUCAACCUGAACCUGAACCGGAAGCUCCUGCAGUCAACGGAGCCUCGGAACCACAGCAGGCUACUGAAUACGACGAACAGGAAUACGAUGAGGAGGAACAACCAGCAGAGAACAACAUUGAAGAAGAGCCAAUAGCACCACAACCGGCUGAGACUCCAGCUCCGUUUGUUCCACCACCUGCACAAACUCCCGCUCCAUACGUUCCACCAGCCCAGACGCCUGCACCAUACGAGCCACCAGCGCAAACUCCUGCACCAUACGAGCCACCAGCGCAAACUCCUGCACCAUACGAGCCACCAGCGCAAACUCCUGCACCAUACGAGCCACCAGCGCAAACUCCUGCACCAUACGAGCCACCAGCGCAAACUCCUGCACCAUACGAGCCACCAACGCAAACUCCUGCACCAUACGAGCCACCAGCGCAAACGUCUGCACCAUACGAGCCACCAGUCCAGACUCAAGCGCCGUACGUGCCGCCAGCACGAACACCCGCUCCAUAUGAGCCACCCACACAAACCGAUGCUCCUGAGGGAUAUGAAGAGGAAACGGUGGAGGAAGGCGACGAUGGAGUUGACCAGGAAACUGGAGAAGAAUACGAUGACGUUGUUACCAGCGCGCCCACCGAGGAAUAUAAGAACAAGAGGAAGCAUUAA